ACAAGAACCCAGGUUCAUCAAUUGCAUACUUAGCAUAAACAAAGUACGUCGCGAAUUCGUUUUUGGAAAAGUAAUUGAGAAUCUACCUAAUAAAGCUGGUUUCUUUAUACUUACAGUCUAGAUUUUGAUAUUGCCACGCCUUGACUGUAGGGUAUAUCUAUUCAACGCAUUGGGAACAUUUGCUAUAUUAAGAUUCUUAACACGAAGUGAACUCGUGUUCCUUUUAUACUUCUUUUUUGGUUCUACUAGGGAAUUUUUCAUUCUAUGACUUUGUAAUUGAUUACCUGUUAUCUCCAAGGUAAUUCUUCUAUUUAUUAGUACUUGGCCUUAUAAUUCUCGCGUUUUUCCUAUUCAUGAUUUUGUUCUCUUUGGUUUAACAGAAAACAGAAAACCAAACGUAUUUAUUAUAAAAUAAAAAUUGCCUUACUGUCCGUUCAUUUUGUAUAUACAAUUAAAUGUUAUGUAAACGAAUUGUUACUCUAUACAGGCGACGUUCUUUUUCAAUAAACCAUGCUUUAACGCUCAAGGUUUUAUCCCGGUACCUGCACACUAAGCCAGAAUCGGAAAGUUAUCCUCUUUCUGUUACUACUAUCGAUGGUGAGCUGGAAUCCUAUCCCGCGUCUGCUGAAAGACCGGUUCCGUCCCUUCUGCCAGAUUUUCAGCAUUCUGCUCCUGUGAGCCAGAGACCGGAAAACCCCAUUCCGAGCGAUGAAUCGAUUUACCGUGAUUUGAAAUCUAUGGCUGAAUUAGUAUUCAUAGACCCUCACACUCAAGACAAUCUGAACCAGCUAUCCAAAUCGAACUCCCCAUGGCUUUCAGAAUCAGCUACCUUCCUGCAAAAGCUAGCACCCUACUUUUAUCUUCCACCAGAUAAAUUUCUUGAAAAGGCAAAUGCAUAUUUUCAAUAUCGAUUGCUAGAAACCUCCUCUAUCAAUCACCUUGCAUUCGCCAUUUCUGAUGUAUUUUUGUUUUAUUUAAAAAAAAACAAUAAUCGAAACAUUCACAACGACGUACACAAAAUAAUCCCAUUUAUGUCCUUUUUUUUGCAUCUUAAUAUGCCCGAAUAUGUUUUUCAUUUAUACGUACACAUGCCCAAAGGUAUGCCGUAUAAAUUCGAUAGUACAAUGUUAAAUAAUCCAUUCCGCAAAAGCUUUGCUCGUGCUUUUUCUCUUAUUGAAAACCCUCUGGUUGUGCUACGAUCUCUGAAUAUGACUGAUCACAAUAAACAUCGUGUGAGAAUCCUUUAUUUACAUUAUUUGCAUUUUUUGUUGGAUCACGGGGAACAUCAAAAAGUCGUUGCACUUUCGCAUGAAAUUUUUAACAAAUUUAGUUGGAUUGCUUCUGGUCCCACGCGGUUAUUGAUGAAUUCUUAUCAUCAACAAAGUCAGUUUAAUGCUGCGGUUCAGGUAUACAGAGAAGCCUCAGCUAGAAAUGAGGCAGUCGAUUCAAACCCCGUAGUUUUGAGGGAAUUGCUAAAAGUUAUCACUGCUGCCGAUUACUAUAACCGAGAUUCAUUUCAGUGUUUCUUGCAAACACUUUUGAAGAUGGGGUACAUUCCCUCUCUUCAAGUUUUUUCCAGGCUUUUGACAGCCGUAGCAAAAUAUCACAUGCCGGAAGUUCUUUUUCCAUUAAUGAAUCACUAUCGAACGCAGUUCAACAAUAUGCUAACUCCAAGUGUCUUUGUUGCUGCUGUCAAAGCAGCCGUUUACUGCGGUGAUAUAAACACCAUUAAGUUAUAUUAUCAAGAAGCACAGGCUUCUGGAGAAAUAAAAAACCUGAAACAUUUGUUCAACUUGUUCCUGACUUCAACAACUGUAAGCCUUGACGCCUCUAUGGCCGUGAGUUUGCUAAGAGCGUUCAGAAACGAUACAUCAUUAAUAAAUGAGUCAACUUUGGUUAGUUGCGUUACCUUGUUUUCGCGAAGAAAAGAUUUGGAUGCUAUGGAAAAGGUAUAUAAGUACAUUACGGAUCUUGGCGUCUCGACACCUCCCGAAGGAUAUGCGGCGCUUUUAGAUGCUUACAUUGAAGCAGCAGAUGAGAAAAAGAUUCAAUCAUGUCUACAAAAAAUUGAAGAACUUGGUAUAACUAAAAACACUAGCGUGAAUCGCAUGCUUAUGAGGUAUGCUCUUUUCAAAUAUGAUUAUGAACGACUACAAAACUGCAUAGCUUUUGCUGAAAAGCAUGAUAAAAGUGGUCGUGAUUAUAUGUAUACUAUAAUGAUGCUCUAUCACACCACCGUCGGUGAAUUUAAACAAGCUCUUAACGUUUUUCCUACGAUACAAAAACCAAAUGUUAUUCAUUUUUCGAUUGUAGCUACAGUGCUCGGUAACUUAAAGCAGCUCGAUGAAAUCAAGCUUUUAGAGGAGCGCAUGUCUUCAUUAAAUAUACAGUCGACCCCGUUAUCUUUAGCUGCCUUUGUUGUAAGUUAUUGUAAACAAGGUGCCGAAGGUUUGGCAGAGGCCGAACGAUAUAUUGAUUCCGUUUUUCAAACGAAACAGCGAAGAGCUACUAUUUUUAAUGCAAAAACUGCAAAUGAUCUUCGUUACCCAGUUUCUUUGUUUUCUCCAUUAAUCCGGGAAUAUACCUCUCUAGGAGAUAUGACAAAAGCAAAGAAUGUUCUUGCGUUGUACUUAGAUUAUCAUUCAAAGAACAUUACUUCACAACCAGAUAUCCCCUUUGCUGUCACGGGUAUGCAAUUAUAUUGUUCCUUGCACGAUACUUUGCUAGCACGUAAGUUUUGGGAUUUGAUUUUAAAGGUUGUUCGACAGACGUUUAUGUCAACAAAGGUUGAAUUAUACGUAUCCGGCAAGGAUGAGUACGAAGAAGAAGAGGAAGAGGGUAAAAUUCUUGAUGCCUACAAAGGAAGUCUUAAUAUGCCAGCCGAGAUAUACUUUUCGUUUUUAGCCAGUGUCAAUGCAUUUCUGGAACUCGAUACAGAAUGGUCACGAUUGAAGAAGUGGGGUGUUGAAUUUGACGAAGCUAUGUACAAUAAACGUGUUGUUUGGAUUUUGUACAGCGGUCGAAUAGAUAAGGCAUUAUCUGAGUUUUGCGAAUAUUUCCUCUCGAAAGAGAAAUUGGAUGAACAUCUUGAGGGAGUGGGUAAUAAUUCACGUAUUGCAAAUUUUAUGUUAUCUUACAACUCUCCAGUUUAUACAAGUACCUGGGAUGUACUUCGUGAAAAACUUGCUAUGGCUAAUGAGAAAGGAUAUAUACGUUCUCGAAACGAAGAACUGAUGAGUGUGUCAAAAUAUAUCCAUCAAUGGAAACAAAAAAAUCAACUGAUGUAUACAAUUCUGUCCCGACUAUAGAUACUUUUAUAAUUGUAUAAUAAGACUAAUUUUUAAUACUUCCAUUUAUUGAGUUCUUCUAAUUAACAAUUCAGAAAAGGAAGUAGGAGAAUAAAAUAAUUACGAAUCGAAAAUGCAUAGCUUAUUCCUUGGUAUCAUAAAGGAUGGUUACA